AUGGCUCAAGUUCAAGGAAAAGUUUUUGUCGUUUCAAAUAGAUUACCUGUUACCAUCAAAAGAAAAGAGAAUGGCUCAUACGACUACUCCAUGUCGUCAGGUGGGUUAGUCACUGCACUACAAGGAUUGAAGAAAACCACCGAGUUCCAAUGGUUGGGAUGGCCCGGUUUAGAAGUGCCCGAAGACGAACAGGCAAAAGUCAACAAUGACUUGAUGGAGAAAUUCAAAUGUACCGCCAUUUUCCUCUCCGACACCAUUGCCGACUUGCACUACAAUGGGUUCAGUAAUUCCAUCUUGUGGCCCUUGUUUCAUUACCACCCUGGUGAAAUGAACUUUGAUGAAAAUGCAUGGGCUGCAUAUAUCGAAGCCAACAAGAAAUUUGCCGUGGAAAUCUCGAAGCAAGUGGAGGAUAACGAUAUGGUGUGGGUCCACGACUACCACUUGAUGUUGUUGCCGGAAAUGUUGCGUCAAGAAAUUGGCGACCUGAAGAAAAACAUUCGUAUUGGGUUUUUUUUACAUACGCCAUUCCCAUCUUCGGAGAUUUAUCGUAUCUUGCCGGUGAGAAAAGAGAUUCUUGUUGGUGUAUUGAGCUGUGACUUGAUUGGAUUCCACACGUAUGACUACGCCCGCCAUUUCUUGAGCUCGGUGUCUCGAAUUGUCCCCAAUGUCAAGACUUUACCUAAUGGGAUCUUGUACCAAAAUCGAUCAAUCAGCAUUGGUGCAUUCCCCAUUGGUAUCGACGUGGAUAACUUUACCGAGGGAUUAAAGAAACUGGAGGUCAAGCAACGUAUUGCACAAUUGGAACAAAAGUUUGAUGGAGUUAAAGUCAUUGUUGGUGUCGAUCGUUUGGACUACAUCAAGGGUGUGCCUCAGAAAUUACAUGCAUUUGAAAUCUUUUUGCAACAGAACCCGGAAUGGAUAGGUAAAGUUGUUCUCGUCCAAGUUGCUGUGCCUUCAAGAGGCGAUGUCGAAGAGUAUCAGAGCUUGCGCGCAACAGUGAAUGAGUUGGUUGGUAGAAUCAAUGGUCAAUUCGGCACGGUCGAAUUUGUACCUAUACACUACAUGCACAAGUCCAUCCCCUUCAAUGAAUUACUUUCAUUAUACAACAUCAGUGACGUUUGCUUAGUCAGUUCAACAAGAGACGGAAUGAACUUGGUCUCGUACGAAUACAUUGCAUGCCAAGAACAACGCAAAGGAGCAUUAAUCUUGUCGGAAUUUGCCGGCGCUGCUCAAUGCUUGUCGGGAGCCAUUGUUGUCAAUCCAUGGAACACUGAAGAUUUGAGUGAUGCCAUAAAGGAAAGUUUAACCUUGCCACUGGAGAAGAAGGCACACAAUUUUGAAAAGAUGUUCAAGUAUAUUUCAAAAUACACUUCGGGGUAUUGGGGAGAAUCAUUUGUUAAAGAGUUGUAUAAAUGUAGUGGCGACGUGAAACCAGAUGCCAAAAAGGAUUAG